CGUGGGAAAAAAAAAAGAAAACUGUGUGAUUGAUUUCACGUUGUGAAGCAUGAGUUGUAUGCUGAUGUACAACGGCACGAGACAGGCAGUAGGCGUAUGAUGAGGGCUAGGGACAGUCGAAUAUACAUAAAUCAAUUGAUAUGUGUACGGGAUCAAUGUCAAGGUGCAGCGAGCGGCUGCAGGGACAGUGUAUGAGAAGAAGUGGAUCUGGCUUGGCAGCUGUUGGCGCUGAGUCCCUGAGGCUGUCUGCCGGUUCAAAACCAUUGAGGGUAUUCCGGCCCCAACGUGUGGAAGGGAAGUGUCUAUGGCGUGAGGUGAAACGACGAGGAAUUCUCCGGCGACAAGAGAGUGGCCCAUAGUACGACGGACAGCGGUUACAAGUACACGUAGGCUGGCAAUAUCGGGCUGCUGUGAGUGGAGACGGCCAUUUGUUUUGGACGUCACUCAUCCAGUCGGUCAGUAGGUGGUGAGCGACUUGGUACCUGAACGGGAAUAGAGCGGCCACCAAGCAUUUGCAGUAGGAUGAAGUGGGUGACGGAAAACAACUGAUGCAAUAAGGCAUGCGGAAUAUCCUGAGAUGGGAGGCAUGAAUUCCAGACGCGAGAUGGUGAGCAGAGCGAAGACAACAUGAGAUGGAUGAAGCCAGGUCGUGCGUGUAUCAUGUUUUGGAAUUGGAAUUUUUGAGUGUGGUUGGUGUGUGGGCGGGCGCGUGCGUGCGU